AUUAUAGAAAGUUGAUGCUUCUGUGUUUUUGGAAAUUCUCGUGUAUUAUCUUAAUUAUUGAAAUCUGGGUCAUUGUAAAGGUUGUUAAAGGUUGUCAUUAAUUUUAUCAUUAACGUGGCUAAUGAUUUUUAAACAGUAUCGCAGUUUUGUCUUUCUACCUCUGAAAAAGUAAUCUGACCCAUCUGUUACAAUGCAUCACCUCUGUCUUCUAUAACAUUUUUCCGAAAAGCUAUCAAUUUAAGUUUACGUUCCUGCUGUAAAAUAUGAAUGCAUUUCAGCUGUGUGCAUAGGGAGAGUACGAGAUAAAUUGCUGCAAUUGAGAGAUUUGCUUUACCAUUAUUUUUCUUACUUAGUCUUCCGUUAAUCUCAAGAUUCUAUCAUUUAUCAAUGAAUACCCUGUUCUCUUGUGUAGGCAUCCUGUCCAUGGUCUGUUCCUGUGUACUUUGUUUAUCCAACUCUAUACAAACAUUUCUUCCAUAGAGACGCUGAGAGAUUUGAGUGGUUAAAAGCCGAUAAGGUGGUUUUCAAAAGGAAAUGCUGAGACAUCAUUUAAAGAGGACUUGAACAAAGAUACAUCGUCAGGUGCAGUGAAUGUGACUGGGUGAACCCAAGCAGAAUGAGCAGCUUGAAUUGUCACGCUACACGCCGGAGGUGGAGGUUGCUGGCAUUUCUGUGCUUUGUGGCAGAGAUCAUUCCAGAAGGCACAGCAUGCCCCAAAUCGUGUUCAUGUUACAUUCCUACGGAAGUUCACUGCACCUUCAGAUACCUGACUGCAGUUCCCGGCGACAUCCAGUUGGCCGUGGAGAGAAUAAACCUGGGGUACAACAGUUUAACAUUGCUUAAACAAAAUGACUUUUCCGGCCUGAGUCGACUGGAAAUUUUGAUGCUGCACAGCAAUAUAAUACAUCAGAUGGAGGACAACGCUUUUAGCGAUCUCCAGUCCUUGCAGUCCCUUAAGAUGAGCUACAACAAGGUAAAGGAGAUCAAGAAGGACACCUUCUUCGGUUUGAGAAACCUAACAAAGUUACAGAUAGACCACAACCGCAUUGAGUUCAUCCACCCUGAGGCUUUCCAUGGACUGAACGCUCUGCAGCUGAUCCACCUAGAGGGCAACCUUCUUCAGCAGCUGCAUCCCGACACCUUCGUCACCACACGCUAUAGCCAGAUUUUCAAGACUUCUUCUGUGACAGGCAUUCACUUGUCCGACAAUGCACUGAGUAGACUGCCCUCUGAUAUCUUCUCCCACUGCACUCAGCUGGAGAGUGUCUAUCUCCAUGGAAACCCGUGGUCAUGUGACUGCCGCAUAACGGGAUUGGUGGAAUGGAUAAAGAAGAACACAGGGGUUCUAAAAUGUAAGCGUGAGAGGAGAUAUGCCAGGGGCCUGCUGUGUCCAGUAUGUGAAUUUCCUGCGGCCUCCAAAGGCAGAAGCAUUGCACCGCUUCCUCAUGCAUCCCUGUCCUGCAGCAAACCCUGGAUUUUGCCCCACUUGAAGCAGAAGAACAUUACAUUGGAUGAGGGGGACUACGCAGCCAUCUUCCCCGGUGACUUCAUUGCACCCCUUGGCUCACUGGAGAUGAAGGUUACGGACCGUUUCCAAAAUGACGCAAGUGUGGCUUGCACAGUUCGGAGGCCUUCUGUGACGGAGAACACGACUGUGAUAAAUGAGGAGGAAGCCACAAUCCUAAGCGCCGCCGUUGCCACAUCGCUGGUUUGCAACAUCGACUAUGAGCAGAUCCAGCAGCUCUGGCGUAUCUUAGCCACAUACAGUGAGUCCCCCAUGCGGCUGGAGAGAGGACUCAUGCUCACGAAAACACCGGAUAUGACAUUUAAGUACAAGCAGAAGAGGCCAGAAGAGAGUGACGAUGAGGUUUAUACAGAUAUCGAGGCUGAAAUCAAGGCCAGUCCAGGGUGGCUUCUACAAGACGAGAUCACGCUGCAAUUGGACCGUACCACUACUACUUUCACUACAUUGCACAUAAAGUACCUGUCAACUGUUCAUUUGCGGGAGGAGAGCAAGGUCCAAAGGAAAGACAGGUAUGGCUGGGUAAUGAUCAAGAAGGACAACCUAACCAAGACUGAACAUACCGUUUUAAUUGGAGGGGUAACUGACUUGAAUUGCCAGAUUCACGGUAAUCCCAAACCAUCCACCGAGUGGAUAUUACCAGAUGGCAGCAAAGUCAGAGCACCAUAUAACAGUGAAGAUCACAGGAUUGUAAUCACAGAAACGGGACGGCUCACAGUGAGGGCAGCUGACAGCUCAGAUACAGGAUUGUACCACUGCAUAGCCACCAACUACCUGGAGGCAGAUGUCCUCACCUUUCGGAUAACAGUGCUGUCUCCGGAUGUGGAGGAGGGGGAAGUGAAUGGAGGCCGGCUUUCACAAAAGCUCGAUGAAAAUUUGCUUCUUGACUGUAGUUCCCAUGGAAACCCAGAAGCUUCUGUUCAGUGGAUCUUACCAGAUCACACGGUGCUAGAUAAGUCACAUGGCAACAGAAAACUGCACCAAAAUGGAACUUUGAAAGUACAAGGUCUAACACAAAGAGACCGCGGAUUUUAUAGAUGCCUUGCUGCUAACUAUAUGGGAGUGGAUUUGUUAGCAUACCAGAUAACUAUAAUAAGUGAUGGAUCAAAGAAAGACAAACUAUCAGAAACUGAGAGGCGUGGCGAUGAGUUUGACUCCAACUAUGAGGAAAUCGAUGAACGUGCCUCUAAUAAAAUUCCUUACGGCCAGGAGUCUAGGACGAUCACUUCAGACAGGCCAUAUCCUAGACGUAGGCCUUCUCCGGAGCUGAUUGCGAGUAGCACCAUUCAGAGAAGUAGGGGUCCCAUGAGCAAGAAACGAACCGGGGGAGUUAGGAGAACCUUCGACAAAACUCUGAGGAAAGUGGACCCUGAAAAAUGGGCAGAAAUCAUGACAAAAGCACAAAGAGGAAGAAAGACAGACGAAGAAGAUACAAAAGGACAGGAAACGAAAAUAGAGACUUUGAGGAAAUCCGUUUCAGGACUUUCAGGGGAUGGGUAUGAAGGGUCAGGAGACAGCUUUUCUGAAGUCAACGUCAUUAUACCCAGCACUAUGGUGCCAGCUACUGAGAGUGCUUAUGUGAUGAGCAGCACCCAUGCCCAAACAGAGGCUAUACCCAUAGCCUCUCCAUCAACCUAUAUUGCAACCAGAAGCAGUUUCACAGAGAGCAAUUCAAUCACAUCACUUAAUCCAAGGCAUCACCAAAUAUUCCCCCCCAAUUACUCUUAUAUGACUGAGGGACAAACUAACAGGCCACCAAGCCUGCCAAUCACGCUUAAAAUGAAACUGACUGACUCUGCCGGUGAAAUGCCGGUGACAUUUUCUGGGGAUGAUGAGGAGACAGCAACUGGAGUCAUGACUCUGCUAAUGACCCAGUAUCCAAAUGUGACUUCAAUGAUGGAAGUGGAAAGCCCAAGGAUAGAGCCAGUGGUCCACACAUCCACGGAUUCCAAUGGUCGUGCCACGUUCACAGCGGUCACCACCACUGAGCAAGGUGCCGACGAGAUAUCAUUUCACGCAACCCAGAAGAUCACGUCGCCUUACAUACCUGCCGGGUCUACUAUCAUCUCCCAGCAACAGAUCCACAUCAUACCUGCCAGCCACCAUCAGCUUGGGAGAAAACGCUACUUUCCUGGCAGGAGGAGAAUAAUUAGGCCUAACAGAAUCACAGAUAUCCAUGCAUAUCUGAAUAAAGUCAAGAAGCCUCCAGUUAGCCACAAAGUCAAUGCUACCAUGCCUUAUCUGAUUGAGGUUACCACGGACUGCAAGUGUCACGAUCCAAUGAAAAAUGUGACCCACACCACAACUGACACACAAAACUUUAUGAAAACAAGAGAGUCUUCUCUGUACGGGACAGAAGAAUCCGUCACAACUGCCCUCAAAACCUCUAAAGUUGCAACCGCAACUUGGCCCGCCAUGACACAAGCAAGCACACCACAAACGCUUCUCAAGAUUUACACCAUGAAGCCUCCAACCACAAAGUCACCAGAUAAGUCAGGAUCCAGUGGCUUUAUGACCUCUGCCGAGACUCCUGAGCUGGAUUCUGGGAAGCUGCACAAAAGUACGACACAAACUAAUGAAUUACCUGUCACUCCGAAGGGUACCACAACACCUUCGAAAGUAAUCCGCGGUAAAAUCCCAUGGCAAAAACUCUUUGGCAACAAGGGUCAGAAGGAGAUCCUCAACAGAUUACGGAAACCAGUCAAAUCCACAACCACUACACAAAUCACAACCACCACUUCCACUGUGAGGGACACAGAGCUGCGACUCACGACUGAAUCUUUUGUCCCACCCACGACAAAACCACUUAAGCCAACGAAAAAGAAAGUUCUUACGCAAUCCCCUGAGGUCUCAUUUGAGGGCUCUGGAUCAUCUUCCGCUCCUGAAACGGAGUCAGUGUCCAAAUUAAUGCUUCUACCUCCAACAGUCCCCCCUCUGAGGUUUACUAAAAAGACGUCACUUAGUCAGACAACCACAAUCAAUACAAACAUCGCUUCCAGGUCCCACACUGGUACCACAAAAGCCACUCCAAACACAAAAACAUUAGCUUCCCCCCCAACGGUCCAACCAUCUACUGUGAAAAAGAUAUACGAAGCCUCAUCUGGCUCUUAUGUUCCCAUGUCUGGGUCAGGUGGGUCUAGUAAAGGUUAUGUUUACAGGCAUAAGUGGUCAAGGAGACCUAAUGGAGGAUUCCGCCGGAAUGGCUUUAGACGAAGAAGACCAAGCAAAAGUAAUAUUACAUCACCCUCACGUGCUACAGUUAGCACCACUGCCAAAACUAUACCAACUAAUAACGCUACCACACCAGUAACACGGAUGUUCCCAACCACCUCUGCUAAUAGAUAUAAAACACUUUUAAAAGAGGCAGAAAAAUACACAACGACCAGCAAAGUUUUGUAUUCUGGCGAUGAAACCACCUCCGAUAAGGAUGAUUGGAAUAGGACACCAACAUUGGAAAGGCCAGCUAGUCAUUCCAAACAUUACACACCCACAACGAAGCCCAGCAUUAAGACGACAAUUUAUCCAACAACAACUAUUAAAAUCACAACUACAUCAAUGCCUGACUCCAAAUCACAAAUACAGACUGCAUCUUCAAGGAGCAGCAGCAGGAUUAAUACCAAUACAAUCAGAAUGCACACUGACGCAAAACUUUCCAAAGGACAAGGAACCCAAUAUCUGACACAGACAUCCUCAACAACAAAGACCAGGCCCACCACACUUCCCCAAAGAGCCAAUAAAUCUGGCGAUGGAAAAUCUUUUGGGUCCAGUCAGCGUGGGGACAGGUAUGAUGAAAAUGACAUGCAGGAAACCACAACCUUAGACACGUCAACUAUCCUCAGAGCCGAGCAGGAUUACACCAACACACCUGCCCCAGGCGACAGUUCAGUAUCCACUGAAUACGGCUCUCUCGAUGGAUACCACGCUACAACGUUUAGCAUGCUAAUGCCUGAGUCAUCCACAAAGGACGAAACAUCAAAACCGAGGAUAGUGGGAGGAAAUGCGGCGAGUUACACAGUCCUGUCCGACUCAGAUGCUUAUUUGCCCUGUGAGGCAUCUGGCCACCCCACGCCCACCAUCAGCUGGAAACGCUUCUCUUCAAACGCAGGGAGCACCUUGACAAUAAUCGGCAAAAUGGGUAAAUUUGAGGUGUUCAAGAACGGCACGCUAUCGAUCCAGAAUGCCAACAUUAAGGAUCGUGGGCAGUAUCUUUGUUUAGCAGAGAAUAAUGUAGGCUCUGACAAGCUCCUGGUCACACUGUCUGUGGUGGCAUAUCCAUCCCGAAUACUGGAGCCCAAGGUGCGGGACAUCAAUUCUCAAACUGGGAGUACAAUAGAAAUGAAGUGCAAGGCUGAGGGCCGUCCAACACCCCUGGUCUCCUGGAUCCUGGCCAACCGUACCCAGGUGAGGGGCUACAGCUCCAACCAAGGGAGGGUGACUGUGACACCCGAUGGGACUCUGGUCAUCCAGCAGGUGUCUGUGUAUGACCGGGGUCAGUAUAAAUGCAUUGCCAGCAACCCAGCUGGAGUGGACACCGCCACUGUCAGACUGCAGGUGGUGGCAGCGCCCCCUGGAAUCCUGGAGGACAAACGGCAGCGUGUGACGGUCAAGGCGGGCCAAAGUCUCAAGCUGCCAUGCACGGCACAGGGCAGUCCACAGCCGACAGUGCACUGGGUGCUUUUCGAUGGGACGCUGAUCCGGCCCCUGCAGGACCUAAGGCGUGACGUGUCAGUGUUGGCAAAUGGCACGUUGCUUAUGAGGAGUCCGCAGACCUCAGAGGGCGGAACGUACGAGUGCAUCGCUACCAGCUCCACGGGCUCGGAGCGGCGGGUGGUGACGGUCAGCGUGGAGCAGGCCGAGGCCCCGCCCCGCAUCCUGGAGGCCUCCCAACGCUGGACUGAACUCAGCUACGGCCAACGGCUGCUCCUCAACUGCUCUGCGGAGGGGGAGCCCAAACCCAACAUCAUCUGGAGGCUUCCAUCCAAGGCCCUUGUAGACCAGUGGCACAGGAUGGGAAACCGGAUUCAAGUUCUGGACAACGGUACUCUAAUUGUCCACUCCCUCAGCGAGAAAGAUACUGGAGACUACCUCUGCGUCGCCCGCAACAAAAUCGGAGACGACUUGCAACUGAUGAAAGUUUCUGUGUUCAUGAAGCCAGCUAAGAUCGAGACUAAGCUGUCCAGCAAGAAGCAGGUACCUUACGGCAAUGACCUGAAGGUGGACUGCCGGGCAUCAGGGGUCCCCAUGCCAGAGAUUUCGUGGGGUCUCCCUGAUGGGACAGUAGUAAACAGUGCCCUCCAGGCAGAUGACAGUGGGAGUCGGGUGCGUCGUUACGUCCUCUUCGAUAAUGGCACACUCUACAUCAACAAGGUGGAUGUGACAGAGGAGGGAGACUAUACCUGCAUUGCAGAGAACACUUUAGGCAAGGAUGAGAUGCAUGUGCACAUCACCGUGGUAACAGCUGCCCCACGAAUAAGGCAACCCAGCCACACCUAUGCCAAUGUAAAGCCUGGGGGUAGCGUGCGUUUUGAUUGUGAUUCGUUGGGUGAGCCCAAGCCCAAGAUACUGUGGAAGCUCCCGUCUAAUGACAUAAUCGCAGCGUCUAACGACCGCUACCUCGUGCACGUCAAUGGAUCCCUGGAGAUACACAGCGUCAAGCUUGUCGAUGUGGGGGAGUACGUCUGCAUUGCCAGAAACGCCGCCGGGGAUGACAGCAAGGUGUACAAGUUAGACAUUGACGGAAACCCCCCCAUGAUCAACGGUUACCACAAAAACCGGACCGUCAUCAAAGACACAGCCACUAAGUAUUCCAGGAAGCUGAUUGACUGCAAUGCCCAGGGGAACCCAACCCCCCAGAUCACCUGGAUCAUGCCAGAUAACAUCUUCAUCACGGCCCCUUACUUUGGCAGUAGAAUUAAUGUCCACCAGAAUGGAACACUGGAAAUCAAGAAUGUACGUCCGACCGAUGCUGCCGAGUUUAUUUGCAUGGCUAGGAACGAUGGUGGGGAGGCAGUCAUGGUGGUGCAACUGGAGGUCAGUAACAUGCUGAGGAGGCCAAUUUUCAAAAGCCCUUUUAACGAGAGAGUGGUGACCCGCAUGGGAAAGACCACUGUGCUCAACUGCUCAGCAGAUGGGCAGCCAGUUCCAGAAAUAUCCUGGGUGUUACCCAAUGGAAGCCGAGUCACUGGCAGCCUCAAGGAAGCAAACCAACAGCUGGGAAAUAAUGGAAUAUUUACCAUCUAUAAACCUACCAAAGAAGAUUCUGGAAAGUAUCGCUGCUCGGCUAAGAACAUUGUAGGCUACAUCGAGAAGAUAAUUAUCCUGGAGGUGGGACAGCAGCCCUACAUCCUGACUCGGCCUAAGGGCAUCAUUCGUAGCAUGUCUGGGGAUCCUCUCUUCCUUCACUGUCUAGCCGACGGCAGUCCCCGUCCUCAAAUCCAUUGGACUCUUCCAGGGGGACAUGUUCUGUCUCGCCCCCAGGUGAAUGGCCGCUACCAGCUUGUGAACAACGGAACUUUGAUUGUCCAGGACACAUCCCUCCACGACCGUGGGAACUACCUUUGUAAGGCCAAAAAUGAGAUCGGUGAAGCCACGAUGACUGUGCCAGUUCUUAUCAUCGCUUACCCUCCCCGCAUCACGAGUGGACCACCACGCAACAUUCAGGCAAUUGCAGGAACUGCCAUACAGAUCAGCUGCGAUGCUACUGGGAUGCCCAAACCAGACAUCAUCUGGGAGUUGCCCAACCGCUCCAUGCUGUCCCCUGCAGGGAAGGGACACUCCACCAGCAGCAAGCUGCUCCACCAACAUGGCACCCUCAUCAUCCAAAGGCCGAAUACCUCCCAUUCUGGGACUUACAAGUGCAUCGCCAAAAACCACAUGGGGGUCGACUCCAGAGUCACAUAUAUCCACGUGCUGUGAAGGCAGCCAGGAAGAGAGAAACAAGAAGCCUGUUCACAGCCAGAAGAAGGACUGAUUUGGUGAAAUCCCAGCCAGACCAGGAAAGGGUUAGUUUUGUUGUAACCGUGCUCAGUCUGGAAACCCAGCUGUUUCUCAUUUGAACAUUUUGACGGGCAAGUGGAUUGUGGCGUGUAGCAUGUUACACAUGGAACAUGUAGACGGGCCCCCCUCUGUGGCCCAGGGGAAUGGUUCUGGAAUGUUCUGCUCUCCCCAUGCACUGCAGUCCCCUGGAAUAGUGCUACACAAAGGUCAGGCAAAAAAAAACUGAUAAUAGUGAUUCAUGAAGGACCGGGAACUAAAGGAGAAGUAAGAGAGACUCUUAAAGUCAUUAUGUUUAUCAUUUUUACAGCUUUCUGACCAUUUUCUUAAGGCUAUUUUUUGGAGUAUAUUUUAAGUAUAUGACACUGGAUCUAUUUUCAUAUUAAAAUGUCCUUCAACCAGAUCACUUGGUAAAGCCCGUUUUAUAAUGUUAAUCAACUUCACCACCUUCUCAUUAUAUAUUAUAAUGGGAUUUAUAUAUGUAAUAUAUAUCUAUUUCUUACUCAUUUUGAAUUAUUCAGAAGUACCAUUAAAGAAAGGAGAGUUCUGCUCGUGUUCUGCUCA